CUUCAUGUCAGUUUCGUUACUAGUCCUUAAAAGUCAAUUUUCGCUCAUACUAUUACUAACUUCCGGUGUCACAGAAGUUGGCAAAAAACUGGCUCAUUUUUGUUGAAAUUUUAGAAUAAUUGAAUUUGAUCCAUCUGACAACCCUGGUCCAGUGACGCAGGACAAACACAGAAAACCACUUGUUACAUAGGAUUACCAAUAUCAGCAGACAACCAGGGAGAACUUGUUAUCAGGUUGUUACCAGUGUGGCUGAAUGUCGAAAGAUAGCCAAAUAACGUACGUUACUAUGGAUGCAUUUUUAAUUGACAUCGUUGACAACCAGUGGCGAAAAGAUCAAUUACCUGCUGAUGAUGUAGUUGUACCUGAGAAAGAAUUGCCCCCAACCGAUGACACAGACAAUAUUGAUGUUUCAGAAACAUUAAGGGAACAAGAGGAAAAAUGGACUGAUCUUGGAUUGCAAGAUUUCCAACAAUCUCCACGAAACAAUUGAAUUGAUAAAGUUUCAGUUAUUCACAUGGGUCUUCUAACACAUAUGUUCUAUUCAACUCAUGGUUCCCUGGUGUUUGUUAGGAAAAUAGCAAACUCCCACUUAUUAGAAGACUGUUGUGAAUCAACAACAAUAUCAGUGUGUUUGUGACUUGUCAAAAUGUCACUUUUGUGAUGUGGUCUAGUAUCAUGUCUUGCACAGUAGCUCCUGUAUAGUAUGGAUCCGAUUCCACAAAUAAGAUUUUUUGAAGUAUGUUUGAAUUGAACACGAACAAAAAAUAUAA